UCACGCUUUCCGUAGCUAGCUAGCUUCAUGCUACAUGUAGCCCAUGCGAUGGUUACUGGCUAUGUUCCAUCUGCGCAUUUGCCGUCACCUGGCCCCUAAUCCCAUUAUAACUUAGUCUCUCUUUGAUAACAGGAACAAUGUCAGACCACGCCCCCUCUGUAGCCAUGGAGGCUGUCUUGAAGCCCAGCGAUGACCUCCCUGACGACAUGCCAAAAAUCCGAGGCUAUGACUUCAACCACGGAGUCGAUCUGCAGGCGGUGCUGAAGUCCUACCUCACCACAGGCUUUCAGGCCAGCAGCCUAAGUUUGGCCAUUCAACAGAUCAACAACAUGAUUGAGAAACGCCUCGAGCCAAUGGAAGCAGACGAUGGAGAUGAGUUAAAGCAACACUCGGGCUGCACUAUCUUUCUGGGUUACACCUCCAAUCUGAUCAGCUCUGGAGUGAGAGAAAGCAUCCGGUACCUCGUAGAGCACAAAAUGGUGGAUGCGAUUGUAACCACAGCUGGAGGAAUUGAAGAGGACUUGAUUAAAUGUCUGGCUCACACCUAUUUAGGAGAUUUUAGUUUGUCUGGGAAGGAACUCCGGCUGAAAGGAAUCAACAGGAUUGGGAAUCUGCUGGUUCCCAAUGAUAACUACUGUAAAUUUGAAGACUGGCUGAUGCCCAUUCUGGACCAGAUGCUGCUGGAGCAGAACACAGAGGGUGUGCGUUGGACUCCCUCCAAAAUGAUCCAUCGAUUGGGCAAAGAGAUCAAUAAUACUGACUCUGUGUACUACUGGGCCUAUAAGAAUAACAUCCCCGUGUUCAGUCCUGCUCUCACCGAUGGCUCUCUGGGUGACAUGAUUUACUUUCACUCAUUUAAAAAUCCUGGCCUGGUUUUGGACAUUGUAGAAGAUAUUCGCAGACUGAACGGUCUGGCAGUUUUUGCCAAGAAGACCGGAAUGAUCAUCCUGGGAGGAGGGCUGGUGAAGCAUCAUAUAGCCAAUGCUAACCUUAUGAGGAAUGGAGCAGACUAUGCGGUUUACGUGAACACAGGCCAGGAGUUUGAUGGCUCUGACUCUGGGGCUCGACCUGAUGAAGCCAUAUCGUGGGGAAAGAUCAGAGCGGAUGCCACGCCUGUAAAGGUGUACGCAGAUGCCUCUUUGGUUUUUCCUCUGAUUGUGGCCGAGACCUUCGCUCUUCACUUCAAGAAGCUGACUGCUGAAAAGAAAGCAGAUUAAUGGUGGUUUUCUUUCAAGUUUUCCUUCCCUCCCAAUUUAAUUUAUGCAUUUAAAUCCCCUUUUUCAUUAAAAAAAAGUUACACUUUGGGCCUUGAAAAGAUGUUGAAAGCCUCUUCAACACUGCUUUGCACUCAACAUUUGGUAUGACAUUUAUUCUGUGUAUUUAUAAAUAUUUAGGUAACCCUUUUCUCAUUAUUUUCAAUUUGCUGGUUUCCCUGUAAGUUAAGAAACUGUGAAACUUUUGUCACAGUCUGAAAUUCUUUUUGGUGUUGAUCCCGACAUUUGAUUUCACGUCUUUAGUAGAUGCAAGCAUCACCUUUUAUUUUCAUAUAUUUUUUAGGAAGAAUUUCGAGUUACAUGUGGCAUGUCUUUAGGUAUAUUUGUAUAGCUGUAUAGGUAAAUAAAAAUGCUAUUAAGCAAAAAGUUAGUGAAAAGUGUUUAACUGAGAUUAAUUCUAAGAUUUAAAAAAAAAAAAAUUUUAAGGACCUUGCAAUCCUGUUUAAAAAAUGAUUUAAAAAGAAGUGUCAGAAUUGUUGUAUCACAAUUCUUUGCCCCAAAACUGUCAUAAUUGUGAUUUCUGCUGUUUUAAAAAAUUAAAGUACUUUCUUUUCCUUUAAAAAAAA